ACACAUUCUUAAAAGAGAUUAAGUCCAAUUCCCUUUGUUUUAUUCUGUUCAUUUUCUUCGAAAAAAAUCAAAGCUUUUUAAUUCACAGAAUAUUGGAAAUAGUCUUUUACGACUUAAUAUAUAUGCAAAGCAAAAUUUGGAAGCUAUUAUGCAAUGAUUGCCUGAUUGGAGGGCGAGACAAAAAAAAAAAAAAAAAUCCCUUAAGAAAAAAAAAAGGCCAAAGAAGGGCAGAUCCGUUGGUCGACCCAACGACAUUAAUUCAUACGCUUCAGUUGUAAUUCUUCUGAUGUUGUUGUCUUGUUGUUCAAUCUCAGGGCCGUUACGCUUCUUCUUCACCCAUUCUUCUUCUACUUCUCCUCCUCUUCUCUCUUCCUAAAAUCGAUCCUUUUUCCCGGCAGGGUGUCUUUUGGGUUCCAAGAAAUGGCGGAACAGAAAAAGGAAACGAUUCGUCUGGAGCCUGAAUCUGUCAUCCCUAUCCUCAAACCCAAGCUCAUCAUGACCCUCGCUAAUCUCAUUGAACAUAGCAAUGAUAGGCAAGAGUUUCUCAAGCUCUGCAAGAGAAUUGAAUACACUGUUCGAGCUUGGUAUAAUCUUCAGUUUGAAGAUUUGAUGCAACUCUACUCUCUUUUUGAUCCCGUACACGGUGCUCAGAAACUCCAGCAGCAGAACCUUACUUCUCAGGAAAUUGAUGUGCUUGAACAAAAUUUCCUCGCUUACUUGUUUCAGGUUAUGGAGAAGAGCAACUUUAAAAUAACAACAGAUGAUGAGAUCGAGGUUGCACACUCUGGGCAGUAUCUUCUGAAUCUUCCCAUCAAAGUUGACGAGUCAAAGCUUGACAAGAAACUACUCAAGAGAUAUUUUGAGGAGCACCCACAUGAAAAUCUUCCGGACUUUUCUGAUAAUUAUGUCAUCUUCAGACGUGGUAUUGGAAUGGAUAGAACCACAGAUUUCUUUUUCAUGGAGAAAUUGGAUGUGAUGAUAUCACGUUUUUGGUCCUAUCUCUUGAGAAUCACUAGGUUAGAGAAGCUACGUGCUAAUAGGUCAAGCAGGCUUCCCAAGAAAGAUCCCAAAAAAGAUGAUGAGACAAAUCCUGAAGCAGAUAAUGAGGACUUGUAUGUGGAGCGUAUUCGCCUUGAGAAUACACCAUUGAGCUUUAAGGGUUUCUUGAGCAAGCUCACAAUACAGGAGCCUACAUUCGAUAGAAUGAUUGUUGUUUAUAGGCGAGCAAGCUCUAAAACAAACAUAGAAAGAGGAAUUUACGUCAAGCAUUUCAAAAACAUUCCUAUGGCGGACAUGGAGAUUGUGCUUCCUGAGAAAAGAAACCCUGGACUGACUCCAAUGGACUGGGUCAAAUUUCUGAUAUCUGCCGUAGUUGGUCUGGUCGCCGUGCUUACUUCGGUUGAGAUGCCGAAAGCAGAUCCAUGGGUAAUUAUUGCCAUUCUCUCUACAGUGGUUGGUUAUUGUGCGAAAACAUACUUCACGUUCCAGCAGAACAUGGCGACAUACCAGAACUUGAUAACGCAGUCAAUGUAUGAUAAACAACUAGACAGCGGGAAGGGAACGCUACUACACUUGUGUGAUGACGUAAUUCAGCAAGAAGUAAAAGAAGUGAUGAUUUCCUUCUACAUACUGAUGGAGCAGGGGAAAGCUACCUUGGAGGAUCUAGAUCUGAGGUGCGAGGAGCUGAUAAAGGAAGAGUUUGGUGAGAGGUGUAACUUUGAUGUGGACGAUGCAGUCCAGAAGCUUGAAAAGUUGGGGAUCGUUGCCCGGGACACCAUCGGAAGGUUCUACUGCAUGGGGUUGAAGCGAGCCAACGAGAUCAUAGGGACCACCACGGAGGAGCUUGUCCUGAAGGCCAAACAGGGCGUCACGGCUUCUUGAAUUUACCUUCUCUUCUCUUCUUGUCGACAUUUGUUCGUUCUCUUGUUAUCAUUUCGCUUAAACUCUCAAGUCACUGUAUGUGGUGGGUUCGGUUGUUUUCAAAAUCCAAGGUGCAACAAAUUCAGGAAUUGUCUGUUAUGAUGAUAUAUGAAGUAUGAACCAAUACAA